AUGUGCCAGUGGAAUAAAGAUCAUCAACAGCCAUAUGUCCGAACUUUUGAUGGCAAUCUCGAUGAUUUGAAGAUCCAACUCAGAACUGCCAUGAAAUUCAAUAGCCCGACCUACGAUGACUGGCUCGCAGAGCGCAAUUUGAUGGAAGAACGGGCAUGCGCAGAAAUUAAGAGCAUCGACCUUGCGAAGUCGUCUUUACUGUCUAUCCUGGAGUUCACUGGCGAGGAUAUCCCUGCGCUGUCAUUUCGUCUCCCGCCUUCUAAACGUCAAAGACGAGAUUCUUACACGACGCAAUCUUCUUACGGUACUCGGCUUGACUCACACACCUGUCGUGCAAUGACCACCCUUUCAAUAUAUGACGUCUAUGGCAGCCCACAUCCUGUGGUAACGUCCUCAACUCCUCUAUCGGUCGAUCUUCUCUCCUCUCAAUUUUCUCUCAGUAUACGUGAUGACGAACAACCUCCCCGACGAACGAAUGGUGUACCUCGCGCUGAAGGAAUCCUUCAAAGGUGCGACGCGCAUGUUCGCAAGUCCAGAAAGGUGCGCGAGAUCGUCCAGAAGGCGCGAAACAACAUCGAUGUGAGAGACCUGAUCCAACAACACAAUAUUGAGAAUGUCUGCGGUGUAACAAAAACACUUCUCGAACAACAGAUCUUUGAGUCUACUCUGAAGGCGAAGAUUCGCUUCCCUCAGGUUUUCGAGAUUUCUCCCGCCCAGACGGCCGAACGGUCUGCUUCGGAGGCGGAGGCCGCAAGAUUAGAAGCCAACGCCAUCAAGUCUGCUUCCGCACGCCAGAACGACAACGCGGCCCCUGGAGACAGCCCUGACGUCCACUUGUUCGGCGACAGAGCAUCGCGGACUGGUAGAUCUCCACGAGCCGCCGACAUCUCUUCGGCUCUUGCUGAAAGCAUUCAGCUCGCCGAAAAGCUGAAGGUCCAAAACAAUAUGCUUCUCCAAGCAUUGAAGGACGUUGCCGCAAGCCCGAGACUGGAGCCUAAGGAGUCUGCCGACAUUAGGCGAGUUAUAACCAAUUGCGGGCUUGAGACAGUGGACAUCCUCCCAAGUCCUGCAACCACGCAAUGCAAGACCAGCCCUGGUGAAUCUGCAAGUCUGAAGGAGACCGUCGGCGGCGAGCACUAUAUCGAUGCUAGUGUAGGCUCGCCAGGCCACCAAAACCUACUAACGCAGCCCCUCGGUAUCGGCAACGACGGUGGAAUGGUGGGGUUCAUCGGCAAAAUGUCUGAAGUAUCUUGGCUUGCACGAGCACAACAUCAUCUCCUUUCCGGCGUGGACGGGCGCUCUGCCAGGCAAGGGCAACCCUCCGAUGACGAUGCUGCAACACAAUUUACCUAUUUCAUGGACGAGGAGGACAUCCUAAGUGUUGAUGAAGAUUAUGUAGACCCCCUUCACUGGCCAGGCGAGCCGGCCGUUCAGAUUCUUUCCGAAGCAUUCUUUCACAGUGUUCCAAAUGCAUUACACGGCAUUUCAAGAGAGCAAUUUCUUGGAGAGCUCCAUGCAUUUGCACAGUAUCAUGGGUCGCUGUCGUGGGAUCAACGCAGAUGGCUGGCACUAACAAAUCUCAUUUGGGCCUUGGGAUCGAGAUGGUUGCACAAAUCCAUGCUGGCUGACCUCCCUGGGCUGGACAACCACCUCGUAUUUUAUGCUCGAGCUCGGGCGCUUGGGCUCGACCAUAGGGUCAUACUGGGUGAUCCUGAUAUCCACGGUGUCAAGAAGCUGGGACUACUCUCACUCUAUCUCUACACGAAUGGGUCCGCCUCAAGAGCAUGGUCAUUGGUUGGCUUGGCCAUCAGAAAUGCAACAUGUCUCGGCCUACACCUCCAAACCAGUCACCGUGAUAUAGAUCAGGCGCAGCGCCAUGAGAGAAGUCGUGUAUGGUAUUCACUGUUCAAUCUCGAAGCUGCUAUGUCGGAGACUUUGGGAAAACCACCAUCUAUGUCCCUAGCGUAUACCACAAUUCCGAUAGGGCAAUUGGAUCCUGGAUCAGAAACGAGCAAUGCUAGCUUCUCAGGAGUUGCUGAUACGAGGGGGUUAUGGUUGGACUACCUUCGCCUCAAACGAAACGUGGUCCAAACAAUGCGUGGUGGGCGAAUAGCCUGGCAGAACUUCCAAUUCAUCGGUUAUGGUGAGCCUCGACCGCAUCUGGACCACCGGACACGUCUUUCUACGAUCAGUAGUGAGGCGAUGACACAACUUUACAUGCCAACGAAUCAAGAUUCUUGGGCAAGCACGCAAAAGAAAAUCCACAGCCUCGAUACCCAACUGGUGGAUUGGGAGCAAAAUCUCCCAGAAGACCUUAGUCUAGAUAGCGGAAUGGCUACCAACGACGACCCUCGUGCAAAGAUCGACUUGCUCUUAUAUUACUGCAGUAUCAAGAUGAUCAUACACAGGCCUUGCCUAUGCCAUAUCUAUAUUCCAGCCGAGUCGGAAGCUUCGAAACAGUUCAACAGCAACAGCGCCAGGGAUUGUGUUCAAGCUGCCUGUGCAUUGGUCGACAUCCUACCAGAAGACCCGACUGCUCAUGAAGCAUACCAGCUAUUGCCAUGGUGGAACCUCCUACACUACCUUGGUCAAGUGCUGAGUGUUUUCAUUCUCGAGCUUUGCCUGAAAACGGAACAUUUUGGCGGCUCGGCACCCCUGCUUAUCCACCCGGUACGGAAGGCUAUGUCGUAUUUGUGUUGUCUCACUAGCGGCUCAUUAUCAUCGUACAAAGCGUUCAGAAUAUUCCGCCAGAUGCUGACGGUUCUCAGCUCUCGUGGCGAUGGUUUCGACGACGACAGGAUCCCACUUGAGCCAUGUGUGCCUGAAGGCUGGACACAAAGGCACGAGACAGCGCUCAUGGACGCACUUAGACCGUUGAGAGUACAUGGAACUCAAAAUCGACUUGGUGAGAUCGAGAAAGUCGAGAAGUAG